AUGGUGAGGUGCGAAGAAGAUGACGGAAAAAAUAACGAAGAGCUGACCUUGGAGGUUUUCAGGAAUAAUUUCCUAGACAAAUACUUCCCGAAGAGUGCUAUGACUGAGAAGGAGGCCAUAUUUCUGAAGUUGUAUCAAGGGAAUCUCACAAUAGCAGAAUAUGCGGCAAAGUUCGAUCCCCUAGCAAAGGGCAGGUAUCAUCAACAACACAAGUCGUAUGCCCGCCCACAGGGUAAUGCUACAGACCAACCUCGACCUCAACACGGGGAAGGUGAAGGGACAAAAACUCCAUGUCAGAACCAGGCGCACCCUGUCAGGUGUUUUCGCUGCAAUAGGGAAGGACAUAGGAUAACUGAGUGUCUAAUCAGACCUAGGGUUUGUUACAUCUGUCAGAAACCAGACAAUUUUGCAAACGAAUUCCCUGAACGAAAAGACGACAGAGUUGUCAACCACAACAAUAUAACCGCCAAUGUAGCACACCCUACUGCCAAGGGACGUGUCUACCAUAUCAAUGGAGAGGAAGCCCUAUCCUCCUAUGAACUUAUCCAAGGUAAGUGUUUCAUCGCUGGAAAAUCACUUAAUGUAAGAUAUGAUUCAGGGGCAACACACUCGUUCAUUUCAUUGGAUUGGGUGGAUUUGCUCCAACUUGUUUUUACUACCUUUCCGUUUGAUUUGGUGGUUACCCUACCUUCUACCGAAUCGGUGAAAUGUAAUACGGCUUGCUUGCAAUGCUCGUUGGUUGUGUUUGAUAUGAAAUUCAACGUUGAUUUGAUUUGUAUUCCCCUCAAGCAUUUGGGAGUGAUACCUGGGAUGGAUUAG